UUGGGUUUAAUUACAGCUUAAAUAAUUUUUUUUAGAAGACUUAGGGUAAGAGAUCAAUCUAAGCUACUGUAUUACUUAUUUGUGGUAUAGGGAAACCUGCUGUAAUUUAAUAUUUCAGAUCAGCUACGGAGCCACGGAUGCCAUUUUCACUGACAGAUGGAGGUUCCCAUACGUCUACCGAAUGGUCCCUAAUGACGGAUAUUUGUAUAAAGCUCUCAUUCAGCUGCUGAAGCACUUUGGUUGGACCUGGGUGGGAAUCUUUUUUACAGAUAUUAAGAGUGAUUAUAAAAAGAGAGAACUAACGGAGUUGAUUACAAGCAAUGGGAUAUGUGUGGAAUUUGCUUAUGAAUUAGACUGGAAGGAAUUGAAACGGGAAUCCUGCUGGGCAUGUGUGAUCCAAAGAACAACUGCCAGAGUUAUCAUAGUGAGUGUUCCCCGCGAGCAGAUAACAUUAGAUCUGGCCUCUAUACAUGGACAUUCUAGAUUCAGGAGAAUAUGGAUUUUGAUAGUCACAUCGUAUAAAGAUCCCGUUUUUCAUUACGGUUUUUCAGAAAUCUUCAAUGGAAGUUUGGCUUUUCUAAUAUCUGGUGAUGAAAUUCCCGGAUUUGAGGAUUACUUCCUCAGUGCAAAUCCUGCUCGGUACCCAGAAGAUCCCUACAUUAACUCGAUGUGGUUGGGUUGGUUUAGAUGUAGUACUCCUCAAAUGAGUGAUGCACCCGGUAUUAAGGACUCUAUGCUCGGUGACUGUCUCGGAAAUGAGACCCUUGCAUCAGUUUCUGAACUUAGACCGCUGGAUCUCAGAGUACCAUCCAGUGUGUACAAGGCUGUGUAUUUGUUGGCCCAGGCUCUACAUGUAUUGCUCUCAGAGAAGACUUCUCAUGGGGCUCCUACAGAGAAAGCCCGACUGGAGAGGGAACUGAACCCAUGGAAGCUAAAUCACUUGCUAAGAAAUAUUCAUUUUACAUCUUCAUCAUCCCAAGAAGAGAUUUACAUCAAUAAGGAUGGAGAAGCUCCAGGACAAUAUGACCUGACAAACUGGGUUGUACCCCCUGGUGAGAGAGAAGGUCAAGUGAAUGUGAUUAAAGUGGGAAGCUUCAGCACUUUGACCCCAGACCAGCUGAUUGUCAAUGACAGCGCCAUCUUGUGGCACCCAACUUUUACAGAGAUCCCAAUCUCCGUGUGCAGUGACAGCUGUAUCCCAGGGUACCGGAAAAAUUCCCGGGAAGUAGAGUUUUCCUGCUGUUAUGACUGUGUGCCCUGCGCAGAGGGACACAUCUCCAACACAACAGAUAUGGAAACGUGUAUCCAAUGCCCAGAAGAUCAGUGGCCCAAUGACAAUAGAACUAUUUGCAUCCAGAAAAUAACAGAAUUCCUUUCAUAUGAGGAUCCCUUGGGACAGUCUCUGGCUGCAGUCUCGGUUCUCUCCUCUCUUACUGUCAUUUCAGUUUUUAUGAUUUUCAUCAAAUAUCACAAAACUCCUGUGGUCAAGGCCAAUAACCAAACCCUGAGCUACUCCCUCCUCCUCUCCCUCACACUGUCCUUCCUCUGCUGCUUCUUGUUCAUUGGGCGCCCUCAGAAAGUGACCUGCCUGCUCAGACAAGUUACAUUUGGGAUCAACUUUACAGUUUCUGUCUCUUGUGUCCUGGCUAAAACUGUCACAGUUGUCAUUGCCUUUAAUGCCACAAAGCCGGGAAGCAAGAUAAAGAAAUGGGUGGGAACAAGAGUGUCCCUCUGCCUGGUCCUUCUCUGCUCUCUGCUCCAGGUUGGGAUAUGCCUGGUCUGGCUGAUCUCCUCCCCACCAUUCCCAGACUAUGACACUCACACUUACACUGGGAAGAUGAUAUUACAAUGUAAUGAAGGCUCUGUCUCUGCAUUCUACACUGUGAUUGGUUACAUGGGGUUCCUGUCGGGAUUAAGUUUCAUUGUUGCUUUCCUGGUUAGGAAGUUACCAGCCAGUUUCAAUGAGGCCCAGCUGAUCACUUUCAGCAUGCUGGUGUUCUGCAGUGUUUGGGUGUCCUUCAUCCCAGCGUACCUGAGCACCAAGGGCAAAUACAUGGUGGCUGUGGAGAUCUUCGCUAUCCUGGCUUCCAGUGCAGGGCUGCUGGGCUGUAUCUUCAUUCCCAAGUGCUACAUUAUCCUCUUCCACCCUGAGCAGAACACCCGCCGGUGCCUUACUGGGAAACACUGAAUUAUUGCUAACCUUCCUGUAAUUGUCGCUAUUCUUGUUAUUAUGACGAGUUUUCAGUUUGGACACCUGUAAUUCUUCUCCAGAAUGUUCCUUGGUAAAGUCAAUCUCAAUAGAAUUCUCCUGAUUGUUUCGAUGCAUUCCAUCUCCAUGUCCCCUUCAUCCUUUCCCUUCAAUCCCUCUGUAUUCUGUAUUUUCAAUUCCAAGUGCUACGUUAUCCUGUUCCACCCUGAGCAGAACCCCAAGAGACUCCUCACUGGGAAACAAAAUCAUUUAUUGCUAACCUUGCCCGUGUCAUUGUAAUUAUUAUAAUUCCUUCAAGUCAGUUUGCUCCAGAAUUAUUUUGCCCUCUGUUUGGGUAUUUAGGUUUGUCAGUGUCUGGUUACUGAAUACUGUGAAGUAAGACUAGAAAAAACACAUGAUCUUCCUACAUUAUGAGAUGGAGACCACGGAAAAACCUAUAUUGGAAAUGACUGUUACAGGAAUCACAAAUAAAAUGAUGGAAGUA